AUGUGUCUCACAGAUGGAAAUGAUUCAGGAUCCUCCAUAGAGCCAGUCGCUAUUACAGCCAAACUGCUCAAAUCUAACAUCAUUGUGGAUUCAAUUCUUCUUGGAAAUGUGGAGAACAACAUGCUGCAUGGAAUCAGCAAUGUGACAGGCGGUUGCUGUUUCAAGCCACAGACAACCAAAGAGGGCCUGAAGCUAUUUGAGAUAGAGACAGUUCUGUCUUUGGAGCUCAGGAAACCCAAGAUAAAACUUAACCCAUCUUCCAUCAGUGAGAAAACUUUAGGAGGCAUCUUUGCAACUCACGGUUAUGAUGAAUAUCCUGAGACGUCUUUGCCAAGCCAGAUAAACAACAAAGCGACAGUGACCGAGAGUGCCCUGAAGAAGAAGAUGCAGGAGUCUAAGGAUGGACGUUUCAUGGAGAAGGACAAACGAAUCCUGGAGGAGCUGAAGAGUCUGCAUUGUGACCCACAUCCUUUCUUCAGCGUCUUUCCAUCAGAGUCAGACUUUACGUUCUGGAGGAUUCUCAUGCAAGGUCCUCCUGACACGCCAUAUGAGAAAGGAGUGUUUGAGCUGUACUGCCAGUUUGGUCCCGCCUACCCAGUGAAACCUCCACUUGUCCGCUUUGUCACACGUGUGUACCACUGCAAUGUCAACAGUGUGGGCCGAAUCUGCCACAACAUAUUUGACCGCAACUACAACGCCCGUAUCACCAUAAGAGACCUCCUCGAUGCUGUGUAUGGACUGCUCAUCAUCCCUGAGCCUGACGAUCCACUGGACAGCAUUUUAGCUGAGGAAUUCCUGACCAGCCGCGAGACGUACGAACAAGAAGCCAAGAAACACACAGAAGAAGCUGCAGGAAACUCACUGGAUGACAUGGAGAGGAAAUUGGUGAAUCUUGUGCCACAAUUUGUACCCCGACAUCUCAUCUGUCCACUCACCAAGAAGAUGUUUGUUGAUCCUGUGAAAACCAUUUAUGGCACCGUGUAUGAACGCAAGGCCAUUGAGGAACACCUCAAACAACACCAGUACGAUCCGAUGGCCGGUCCAGGACAUGAGCUUGAAGUUAGUUACAUAACAGCAGACCGGGACAUGAAGAAAAUGGUGAUCGAUCAUCGCUCUCGUCAAAUUGAGUGA